CUCCAAUACACUCCCCUGGGAGCUGUAAUCGCUUUUGAGGGCUUACGAUUUCCAUCAAAUAAAGCAGAUAAUUGCACUUCAUGAUUUCGUCCAGGGCUUUCAUUUUCGCGGUUGCCCAAUUCCAAGCUCAAAACUUUCCCGCCAACCCACAACUCGCCGUUGCUGUUUCUGUAUAAAACUUGCCUUCGCAUUCUCUCUCUCUCUCUCUCUCUAGCUCCUUCACUGCUUUUCAAAAUUUCUAGGGUUUCGUUUGUGUGGAUGGUCUUCUGUUUUUUCCCCAAUCCAAAGGUUGAAGUUGAAUUCGCUGUUGAGGAACGAUGAGCGCAGUUAAUAUAAAGGAUGUCACCGUUUUGGACAACCCGGCUCCGUUCAUCGACCCUUUCCAAUUCGAAAUCUCUUACGAAUGCUUGACUCCCCUUAAAGACGAUUUGGAAUGGAAGCUGAUCUAUGUGGGAUCAGCUGAGGAUGAAACUUAUGACCAAGUCCUUGAAAGUGUGUUUGUUGGGCCUAUAAAUGUUGGUAAUUAUCGUUUUGUUUUCCAGGCUGAUCCUCCGGACCCGACAAAAAUUCAAGAGGAAGAUAUUAUUGGGGUCACAGUGCUACUUUUGACUUGCUCUUAUCAGGGACAAGAAUUUGUUCGAGUAGGAUACUACAUCAAUAAUGAUUAUGAUGAUGAGCAGCUAAGAGAAGAGCCUCCCCAGAAGGUUUUAAUAGACAAGGUCCAAAGAAAUAUUUUAGCUGACAAACCAAGAGUGACUAAGUUUCCAAUUAACUUUAAUCCUGUGAACAAUGAAAAUGGAGAACAGCCUUGUCCAUCACCAGAGCAUCAUCCUACAGAAAUGAAUGUGAAAGGUGAUGAGCUGCCUUGCUCCAACCAGCCCUCUGUCGAGUGUUCCUGAACUACAGACAUCAAGGUCAGGCUUUUUUGUUGAAUUGAUGUCAGUUAAUUCAUUAGAAUCUAGAAGUUCUUAGUGUCAUGCUAAAGGAAUCUUUUGUUUUUUCCGGUAGCAAUGUAUUGAUUUUUGUUUCUUCAUCCGCACAAAUUGCAAGAACAUGCUUUUACAUUGUAUAAUGGUUAAUACAAAUCUCCUUCAAUCAGCAAUCUCCAAAUAAAGAUUUCAACAAGAUGUUCCCUCCCUUCAUGUUGGAAUAGCUUCUGUGUCGGUAUUAUGUAGGCAAAUGUAUGGUAGGAAGAGGAUUGUCUAUGUCAAAGCAUAACAA